CGUGUUUUCCUUUUUAUUUACGAGAGUUUCAUUUAUGUACUAUGUAUAAAAGGGUUUGAAGCUCAAUUGCGUACAACAAAGAGAAUAAAGUAGACAAGAUAGUUCAAUCGUGUACAACAAAGAGAGUAAAGUAGACAAGAUGGCCGCAAAGAAAUUAGGAAUGCAACGAGGAAACAAUGAAGAAGGUUUUAUCCGACCUAAAAGUUCCAAUGGCUUACCUAUGUCACUAUCAACAGGGAAGAAAAUGGAAAACGAUAUUGAUUUCAGCCAACUUCCUAAGAAUGUGCUUGAUACCAUUUCCCAAAAACUAAAUUUUGAUGAUCUCUUUGAUUUUGCAAGUGUUUGCAGAGAGUGGAGGGUAGUUAAGAUGAUUUAUUGGAAAAAAUUCCUAGAAUCUCAAUCACCAUUACUUGUGGAAACAACAUCAUAUGCUAAGAAAUUUUAUUCUUUUUACAGCAUACCUGAUCAACGAGCUUACCUCUCUGAGAUGAGUUAUUUUUGGGGAUUAUACUAUUGCGGUUCUUCUAGUGGAUAUAUAAUCAUGGCAGGUGCCAACAAUACACUUCAACUAAUGAACCCAUUUACAAGAAAGCAGAAAAUCAUUGAUAUCUCAACAAUUAGAAAUUAUUUGAAUUAUUGUGCAUGUCGUGUCUUACUUGCUUUUGCCAAAGGCUCUAGUGAGUUUGUUAUAGUGGCUUCUUGCAAAUCUUCAUUUAGCCUGCAUGUCUAUCAGUCACGGAAUUCUAGUUGGGUAACUUAUAUCGAAAGAGCAAAUCCAUUGAAGGUUGUGGACUUUGUUGUUUUGCAUAAUAUAAUUUAUGUUAUCACUGACAAGGCUCAAGUCGGGGUACUUAGCUUGAACUCUUCAAGUUUGAAAUUUCUAAAACUGAAAAAUACUCCAAACAUAACUUAUUCUUUCUUGAAUUUACUUAGUUGUGAUGGAAAGCUUCUAGUAGUUGUGUUUACACCAGGGAGACUAUUGGAUGUCUACAUGAUAGACUUCAGAACAAUGAGUUAUGCCAAGCUAGAAAAUUUAGUGUAUUCAGGGAGUAAUAAUGAACUGUUGAAGUGCAUUGUGCCUGCUGGUAGACGUCGGCCUCAUCGUAGAUCAAGUAGAUCAAGAACUUAUUGGCUAGAUUGGUGUUUUCGAAAUCUACAUUAUGAAGUAGAUUAUUCUCUUGUUGAAUAGUCUGUUGACUUUUGUACUAUGUAGCUUGUUGUGUGAUCUUUCGUACUUGGAUCAUAUUGUUCCCCGUAUUUUCCUUUUGUUUCCUUUUACUUUAAAUAUACCAGAAACCUUUGUUAUGGUUUCUUUAGUUUCA